AUGGACCUGCCCAGCCCGGAGCUAGUGUUCCCGCUCCUCAUGGACGCCUUCGCCAGGCGCGGGCGCGGCGUCGCCGACCUCAUCGCACUCUCUGGCAAGAAGGGCAAUCCACCCCGACCUCAUCCUCUCCCCCAUCUGCGUACCACGGCGCCAGAUCCCCAGGUCGCCGCACCCGGCACCCUCACUUCAGGGAUGACUGAAUUCAGAAACAGUCUUCAUGGCGAAUGGAAACAAAAUUUAAAAUCAUGUUUCCUUUAUGCUGACUACAAGACAGAUAAAUGA